AACUGCGACGGGAAAUCCGAGUGACGGAACAAGCUGUCAGCUGUUCUUGUUUUCCUUGGUUUUUCUGCUGUUCUUUCACCAGAGCCGCGGGUCUCUCUAUUGAAAAAUUAUAUUCAUGAAAGUCAGAGUUGGAUUCUAAACACACGUAACAUACUGAGUUGAAAACUCGCGAGCCCUUGUUUAGAACGAUUUUUUGUUGAAAAGGCGAUCAAGAUUUCUUCUCCACUGGAUCCUCUGUCCGACGCUAUCGUGCCAAGAGGCGAAGCCGAUCCCAGGCCUCCGAUCCAGGGCGGAGGGAGGGAAAGAGGUCGCUGGGAAUCGGGAUGGAGACGGAAGCGGGAGCGGAAGGUCCUAUUGGGCCGGGAGAGCCGGGCAGCUCGGGCGAACCGGGGCCCCGGCCGGGGACAGGGCUGGCUGGUCUUGGCUGCGCCUCUUUCAACCAAGACUCCACGUCAUUGGCAGUGGGGACCAAAACAGGCUACAAACUGUUCUCUGUGACCUCAGUGGAUAAACUGGACUGCAUCCACGACAGCGAGGCCCCGGACGUGUACAUCGUGGAGCGGCUGUUCUCCAGCAGCCUGGUGGUGGUGGUCAGUCUGUCCAUGCCCCGCCGCAUGAACGUCUACCACUUCAAGAAGGGAACGGAGAUCUGCAACUACAGCUACUCUGACGACAUCCUCUCCGUACGCCUCAACAGACAGAGGCUGGUUGUUUGUCUGGAGGAGUCGGUCUUCAUCCACAACAUUAAAGACAUGAAGCUGCUUAAGACCCUACUCAACACACCAUGCAACCCCUCAGGUCUGUGUGCCCUGUCCAUCAACCACUCAAACUCCUACCUGGGCUACCCAGGCAGUGCCACCAUCGGGGAGAUCAUCAUCUAUGACGCCAACAACCUGAGCACUGUGACCAUGAUCCCGGCACACGAUAGCCCCCUGGCAGCUCUCACCUUUAACGCCUCGGGCACCAAGCUGGCCAGUGCAUCGGAGAGGGGUACUGUGAUCCGCGUGUUCUCCGUCCCAGAGGGACAGCGUCUGUUUGAGUUCCGUAGAGGGAUGAAGAGGUAUGUCACCAUCAGUUCCCUGUCCUUCAGCCCUGACACCCAGUUCCUCUGUGCCUCCAGCAACACUGAAACUAUACACAUCUUUAAACUGGAACAGCACGGACCCAGUGUCGAGGAGGAGUGUCCGACCUGGGGAUCCUAUGUGGGAAAGAUGUUCUCAGCAGCAAGCAGCUAUUUACCAGCCCAGGUGUCUGGAAUGAUGAGUCAGGACCGAGCCUUUGCCACCGUGCGCCUCCUACUGGCCGAACAGAGAAACGUCUGCACACUCGCCAUGAUCCAGAAGCUUCCUCGUCUUCUGGUGGCCUCUUCCGACGGCCAGCUGUUCAUCUACAACAUAGACCCUCAAGAGGGAGGAGAGUGUGUCCUAGCCCAGAAACACAGGUUGUUUGGUGAGGAUGAGGACAAGGAGGAGGGGGCUGAGGCUGAAGGGUUAGAGGUCAGCUUGCCCGCCCAGGCCUGUCCGUCAUACGCCGCCACCGUCGCCAUACCAACCAGCGGCCCUGUCCCUGCCACGCUCACAGGGUACUCUGAGGACGGCGGGGCCAGGAAGGGCGAAGUCAUCCCGGAACACGAGUUUGCCGCCGGUCCAGUCUGCCUGGAUGAUGAGAACGAGUUUCCUCCUAUAAAUUGGUGCCGCGACGGAACUCGAGGUGGCAAGGUUCGCCGUUCGUGAGAGGGUAGAGUGAAGGACAGGCGGACGGACAGACAGGCGGACAGGUGUGGAGGGCGACAGGCGACCGCAACGCCUGUUAGAACACACACCUGGUCCGGGACGACAGGAUAUUACAGCGUGAGCCAGGACACAAACAAGAAACAAAUACAUCCUCAUCGUGGGGUGCACAUCGCGGGGUGCUAAGUUAUUUUGACUAGAAAAAAAGAGAGAUGAAUAAAUAAAUAAAAAUCUCCAACUGGAAAUAUUGGGUGAUUCCUAAUUUAGAGGAGGAGGGAGGGGGCCGGGACUAUGUGUUUGUGAGCCCCUGUGGCUGUGUUGGUGUGUGGUACAGCCCUGGGUCAGUUGUGUUAAAUACUCUCCGCUGUGUCAAAGCACAGCUCUAGAAUGUUGUCCAGAUGGACCCUGUUCACCUUUUUGACAGGGACCCAUUGGAGGCCAACAGGGCUUUGGUCAAAGGUAGUGGAGUAACAAAGACUAGGUUGCCAUUUAAAGGACAUUCAAGAGCUGCGCUUGACUUAAAGGGAUAUGUUACCUCUAAAACUCUUUUAGUAUUUUGUGAGCUGCCUUUAGUUUGGAAUUUGCCCUUUUGGACAGUUUUGUAGAGUCUAACAGCAACAGGGAGGUGGUUCCUGGGGAGACAGUACAACAACAGGGAGGUGGUUCCUGGGGGAGACAGUACAACAACAGGGAGGUGGUUCCUGGGGAGACAGUACAACAACAGGGAGGUGGUUCCUGGGGGAGACAGUACAACAACAGGGAGGUGGUUCCUGGGGAGACAGUACAACAACAGGGAGGUGGUUCCUGGGGGAGACAGUACAACAGGGAGGUGGUUCCUGGGGGAGACAGUACAACAACAGGGAGGUGGUUCCCAGGGGAGACAGUACAACAGGGAGGUGGUUCCCAGGGGAGACAGUACAACAGGGAGGUGGUUCCUGGGGGAGACAGUACAACAACAGGGAGGUGGUUCCCAGGGGAGACAGUACAACAGGGAGGUGGUUCCCAGGGGAGACAGUACAACAGGGAGGUGGUUCCUGGGGGAGACAGUACAACAACAGGGAGGUGGUUCCCAGGGGAGACAGUACAACAACAGGGAGGUGGUUCCUGGGGGAGACAGUACAACAACAGGGAGGUGGUUCCCAGGGGAGACAGUACAACAACAGGGAGGUGGUUCCUGGGGGAGACAGUACAACAACAGGGAGGUGGUUCCCAGGGGAGACAGUACAACAGGGAGGUGGUUCCUGGGGGAGACAGUACAACAGGGAGGUGGUUCCCAGGGGAGACAGUACAACAGGGAGGUGGUUCCUGGGGGAGACAGUACAACAGGGAGGUGGUUCCCAGGGGAGACAGUACAACAACAGGGAGGUGGUUCCUGGGGGAGACAGUACAACAGGGAGGUGGUUCCCAGGGGAGACAGUACAACAACAGGGAGGUGGUUCCUGGGGGAGACAGUACAACAACAGGGAGGUGGUUCCUGGGGGAGACAGUACAACAACAGGGAGGUGGUUCCUGGGGGAGACAGUACAACAGGGAGGUGGUUCCCAGGGGAGACAGUACAACAGGGAGGUGGUUCCCAGGGGAGACAGUACAACAGGGAGGUGGUUCCUGGGGGAGACAGUACAACAACAGUAUGGAGAUGUUUCUACUCACUUCUCUAAGUCACUCCGGGUAAAAGUUUUGAUAAAUGAAUUUGAUGUAAACACUGAACUGUAAAUUAGUUAAUGGGAUUGUAACUGUAAGUUAGUUCAUGGGAUUUUUACCCCCAAAACUAUUGUUUAGUAUUUUUCCACUGAUAAUACAGUCUCAAAAAGUGAACAUGUCAACAGGGAUGUUUUCAGGAACGAGCACUAAAAAGUCACAUGUUGAUGCGAUUUGCAGUAUUUUUCCCCAGUUAACUGUUGAAUUAUUAUCUAAAAAGGCAAGUCUCCAACUAAAUGAGGUAACAAAGGACAAGUCCCAAAUGUAACCGUAUUACCCAUUGUGUCUGAAAUGUUGAUCUGACGUGUCUCUGGUCCAAAGUAGUGCACUUUAUAGGGAAUAAGGUGAGAGUUAGGACACAUGCAUUGGUUCAAGUGUGCUGUGUGUUACAUACGUUAGGACAGUGGCUCCCAACUACGCUCCUCAGGGACCCCCAAUAGUACACAUUUUCAUUGUAGCCCCAGCCAAGCACAGCUGAUUCAACUUGUCAACUAAUUAUCAGGCUCUCAUUGAGUUGAAUUGGGUGUGCUUGUCCAGGAAUACAACAAAAAUGUGUGCUGUUGGGGGUACUGGAGGACCGGAGUUGGGAGCCACUGCUUUAGGAGAUGCAUGACUGAAACAGAAACUAUAACCACGGUUUUCAUAGCCACAUGCAUUACUUGAGAAACAUAUUUUAUUGACCAAUUAAGUUGUAUCAUUUUAGAAUUAUAACUUUUUAUUAUUUCCGUUAUUAUUUUUGUUAUUAACAUGAUGGUAUUUCACUGAAAGAUAAGGAAUUGAACUGUUUUUAAGACUGUUUAUUUUUAUUCUGUGUAUUUUGCUGUAUUGAUACUUAUUAAAUGUUUACAUGUACGCCUCUUGGACACAAUCCGGCAGGUGUUUUUUUAUGUGCAGUAUGUGCCUCUGAUAUCAUUUCUUUAAGUGCGUCAGUAUUUUGCGGAUUGCACAAGACCAAAAAAACUACAAACAAAUUAAGAAAUAAAGAAGUAGACUAAGUAGGAUGGAAAUUAUGCAAAGCA